UGGGGUAUGGCUUUAUGGAGUGGCUACUUGCUCGCCGGCCGCCCCCUAACCUGAGCCACUGCGAACGGAACUCCUCCGCCGUGCGAACGAAUUUCGACACAAUCGACACACCGGCGUGUUCCUCUAGGUCCACUCUAAUUAUUAGUCACAUAAAACUUGACCACCACCACAACACUUUCAAACUAAAGCCCACCAAAGUCGCUCACCGCCGUGCGUCCAUCGCUCCUGUCCCGACCCGUGCAGCGCCUGCCGGCAGCGAGAACGUUCCGCCCGAGCGAGUUCGCCGCGCCCCGCCGCUAGGGGCGCGGCGGUCGCUCGUCGCUUGUUGUGGUCGGCUACCACGCGAGAGAAGCGAAGGCACGGUGUUUGCUGCUGUGUAAUGUGUAUUAUUUACCUUGGAGUUCUCCUACGUCCGUCCAAAUUUAUCUCACGGACAUUAAGAAAAUGCCCCAGAAAAAGCGAGGAAAGUCGUUUACUCACACCAAAUCGGGCAGAGGAAAGACCGAACGCGGUGGUGGUGGUAGAGGCCACAGAGGCAGACGCACUGUGACCGGCUACCUGCCAUCUGAGGAGGAAAACAAUGCUGCUGACAAUGUUGACAAUGCAGUUCCUUUGUGUCCACCUUCCCCUCUGUGUAGCCCUGAUGCAGAAGACUCAAUGGAUUCAGUACACUUCAGAGCUGCUUUGGCAUCGCCUUUGUCUGCAUUAUCUGGCAGUUCUGAAUGUUUGGCAUCUGAUCAAUCUGAAGCGGAUUCUAGAGGCACUCCGAGUCCCAGUCCCACAGUUUCAAGAAGUUUUAGGGAACUGCAUUUAUCGCAAUCCUCAUCAACUCCAAGUUCGAGCACCUCCCAGGCUUUUGUGAGCCCAUCUGCAGACCUGGUGAUGAAAGUGCUAAAUUUACUGAGAGCAACUCUUCAUCAGGAUUGGAUCCCAAUUGCUGAUCGUGGAAGUUACAUUAUCUUACUAAUGUCUCGGGGAAUGGAGAAGAGUACUCAACGCAACAUCAACAUAACAUUCAAUGGCUCUCUCAAAAUUACUGUUCACCGUCGACCCAUUCCAGAAUCAUUGUGUGAUGAAGUGCUUAAAGUGGGUGGACCUGCUGUUGUGCUCAGUGAAUAUACAUUCAAAGAAUUCACAGACAGAGUGCUAUCAAUUGUAAAUUUUGUGAGAAGCUUUGAAGUGUGUGCUGGCACUUGUGAUAAAGAGUAUAAACAUUUCUGGGUGGACAGUGAAAAAGGGUCAGUGGAUAAAAAUCCCUAUGGUGAGAGCAGAUAUGACAUCACAUACAGAUCGUCUUCUUGUCAUAUGCUGGUUCCAGUGCGAAAGUGGAAGUGUGAAGAAUGUGAUAGAGCUUCACUUAGAUUUAAACGUAAAGUAGUGCAUGAAAAUAUUUCUGAUUAUCAUCAAAAUACCCCUAAUGUUUAUCUCUCUGAAGAACAGAAACAAAGCAAGUUACAAGAUCAACAGAAGAAGAUUAAUGCUGGAAAAAAGAAAAUAGCAAGGAUGCAGCAAAAAAUUAAAGAACUAUUACAAGACCAUGGAGUAAAUGUUGAUAAAGAUGUGAGUGAUUGUCUUGAGGAGGCAAUAAAGUGUGACACAAAUUUAACUCCUGAAGUGAAACAGUUGAGAGAUCUCUUCCUCCAACAGCAGCACAAAGCAGCAUCAGUGAAGGGGAAGACAGGCAUGCGUUGGCAUCCUGCCAUGAUCCGGUUUGCAAUUUUAAUUAAAUCUCAUUCUUCUGCUGCUUAUGAUGCUAUUAGACAGUCUGGCUUUAUUUGUCUUCCUGGAGAGAGAACUUUAUUUGAUUAUACUCAUACUAUUCCCCAAAUGCAUGGCAUUAACACUGUCAAAAUGCAAAGGCUGUCAGAAAAGGUUGCAAAAUAUGAACAAAAUCAUCAACAUUUCCACAAUUUGUUAAUGGAUGAAAUUCAUAUUUCUGAAAAAUUAGUCUACAGCAAGUCUACUGGAGAGAUGCUUGGCUAUGUUAAAUUAUCUGAAGCUGAACAAGAAAUGGAGAAUUUAAUGCAUGUCAUCCAAGAUAAAAAUCCGAAGAAAGAAGACCCACAAACAGCAAAAAGAAUUUUGGCUUACAUGGUAAAGGGUGUCACAAAUGAUGUCAAGGAGGUUGUUGCUUGUUAUACUACUCAUUCACCAACAAAAGAGUUUCUUUUUGACAGAACUUGGGAUGUUAUUACUCAUUGUGAACUAGCUGGUAUUCAUAUUUUGUCAGUUGUGUGUGAUGGUAGUGCAGUUAAUCGUGGCUUUAUUCAGAUGCACACCCCUACUAAUCCAGAGAGACAAUUGAAAUCUGGUGUUGUUUUUGCUUGCAAGAAUUUGUGUGUUCCAGACAGAGAAUUAUUUUUCUUCUCAGAUCCACCCCAUCUAAUCAAAACCCUCCGAAACUGUUUUGCAAAGUCUGGUUUUCACCCCAAGGCCACAAGGAAAUUAACUAAGGGAGGACAAUUUAUUGUUUGGAAAACAAUUGAAAGGCUUUUCCUGGAGGACCAUGAACACACCAUAAGAAGUAGCUUUAAAUUAAAUGCUCAAAAUGUGUAUCUCAACAGUUAUUCCUGUAUGAAUGUAGCACUAGCCACUCAGGUUUUAAGCAACACUGUAUCUGUUGACCUAGCUUCUCGUAACUGGGCAAAUACUUCAGAGACAGUGACUUUUAUCAGUAAAUGUAACAAUUUCUUUGAUAAUUUAAAUGGUGCACACUCUGCCAUGGGCACAAGGAAAGCCAAUCCUAGAUUAGAUCCGUACACCUCCUCCUGUGACAAAAGGUUUGAUGAGCUUGAUGAGUUUGUCACUUAUCUUAGGAAUUGGCUAGAAGAAGUUAAAUCUGCCAAGGUGACUGCAAAGGAAAAGCUUAAGAUGUUCAUUCCACACCAGACAUUUGAAGGUAUUGAAAUGACUGCAAAUGCUCUCAGAGGUGCUGUCACAUUUAUGCUUGAUGUUGCCAAAGCAAAGUUCAUCAAUGCUCGAGUUUUUUGCCAGGACCCCCUUGAGCAAUACUUUGGCAAACAAAGGGCCAGUAUUGGAGGGAGUAGUGCUCCCACUGAGAAACAAUUCUAUGAAAGUGACUUAAAAAUUUCUAUUCACAGGGAUGGCAAUGUUAGGAAAAGAUCUGGAAAUGUAGAAGCUGUUAAUUCAUGUAUGCGCAUUUCAGAUGAACCAUUGCCUAAAAGACCUAAGGUUUCAUAUGCAUACAAGAAAGACAAAAAAUCUGAUUAGAGUGUUCAGAAAUGUACCCCUGUCUGUGAUAACUAAAGUAAACAUACCUUUAAUCUUUCCUUAAUAAUAUUGCUGUACUGUUUAUAAAGUGGAAAUUGAAUUAAAUACCACUAUUGUAAUAGA